UGUGCGUACCCACACGCACAAAGUUGUGCGCAUAACAAGGAAGUGCCAACAACUCGGGUUUGGAUCAACAUAAUUGUUUUAUCUUUGGCAUUGUCUCGCAUGAAUUUCACAGAGGGGAACAACUCUUGCCGUCUUAAGAUCAUCGGGGACUUGACCUUGUAUGAGGGACAAAUUAAUGAUGUGAGUUAAGGGACUAACAAUAACAGAGGACCCGUCUUUGACAAAACGCAAAGCAUGCGAUGGCCGUUCUGGUGGCUGUACCAUUCCCUGACCCUUACCCUGCUGCUGUUCACUAACGGUUACCAUAGUUAUGACUGGGCCUCGAUCAACCUGCCCGUCCUUCAUGUGCCGUACUAUUUCACCAACAAUCCACACGUCGCAGAUCUGUGCAGAACAGAUGAGUCUUGCCCAUACAAGUCAGCCCUUUCCGAGGACAGAUGUUGGGGAUACGAGCAGGACUGCCCCGUCACAAACCGUCUGUCGCAGCCGACCUGUCCUGACCCUAGUAGGGGCUGGGCUCAAGCAAAGGAGGAUCAGCUUGCCCAGUUUUGGAAAGGGGCUGAUUUUGGAUACGUGCUGGAGAGGAGGAAUGAGAUGACUGUCUACUGUGCCCCUGAAACUGAGGAGGAUUCUCUACUUGAAUGUGCCAAAUAUGCCAGAUACUGUCGUGCCAAAAAUAUUUACUUGGAUUUCCGAAAAGCUGACUUUAGUGGUACUGAGAAUUUUAAAGAUGACUUUCUUAAAUCUGGAGAAAUAGGUGGACAUUGUCGCCUUGAUUCCAGUGGGUUAAAGUCUCAGAGUGAGCACAAAUAUGCUUUACAGUCUUGGUAUUCAGAAGUGGAGCACUUCACGUCCCUUCCAUUCCGUCCCCUUGACAGCAAGAACUGUGACGUCAUCAUCGACAAGCCUGUCAUGUUCAUGAAGCUUGAUGCAGGCGUCAACAUGUUCCACCAUUACUGUGAUUUCAUCAACUUCUACACCAGUCAGCAUUUGAACAACUCCUUUACUCAGGACAUGUACAUGAUUAACUGGGACACAAGUAUGCGCCCCUACAAUGACCUGUUCAAGGAAACGUUUGAUGCCUUUACUAGUCAUCCAAUGCAGUAUAUCAAAGACUUCCAGAACAAAAGGGUGUGCAUCAAAGACGCUGUGUUCCCAUUGCUGCCCAGAAUGCGAUGGGGAAUGUUCUACAAUAUGCCUCUGAUCCCUGGCUGUUAUAGUAGCAGUUUAUUUCAAGCAUUUUCAGCUCAUCUGGUGCAUCGACUCCACAUACCCCAGGAAGGGCCUCUGGGUGAAAAGAUUCGUAUUACGCUGCUAGAUCGAGACACAAAGUACAGAAACGUUAUGAACCAAAAUGAGUUGGUUGCGGCAUUGAAAACUGUUGGUGAAUAUGAUGUACGGGUUGUUGUCUAUAAAUACAGGGAGUUGCCGUUCCUGGAGCAGGUGAAGGUGUCCCACAACAGCGAUGUCUUCAUCAGCAUGCACGGAGCCGGUCUCACGCACAUGUUGUUCCAGCCAGACUGGGGCGCCGUCAUUGAACUGUUUCACUGUGGUGACCCCAACUGUUACCUUGACCUUGCUCGACUCCGGGGCCUCAAGUACUUCACCUGGGAGAAGAUGGACAAGUUGACCCAGGAAGACGAAGGACAUCACCCCCAGCUGGGAGCCCACCAGAAGUUCACAAAUUACGGCUUUGAAAUCGUCGAGUUCAUGAGACUGGUUGCCAUGGCAGCUGACCAUGUUCGAUCUCACCCAGCGUUCAUUGCUGCCAAGAGGUCGUGUAAUCAUAGCCUUCCAAAAGAUGAACUUUGAUGCUGGAUUGUUCUAGUGUUUUUAGUUUGACUGCUGUAUUGAUUAAGAAGUAUACAUUUCUAGUUUUGCCAAACUCAGCAUUACCUUCUGGUAGAUAUGUUUUCUCUUGUCGCUUUGUGAACCUUGAUCAUGUGAACUUUUCAGAAAUAUCAUUUUUGUCCAAUGUUUAUAAAUCUUGGUCAGAAUUAUUUUCCCAAUGAUAUUUCUGCUGAGCUAAAACUUGCCCAAUUUUACCCUCAUGGUGCUUUUGUAAUAUUAUAAUUAUGACUUGGUGCUUUUUAUGCACCCAGAAGGGUGGCAUAUAGCAGUCUGUGCGUCCGUCAGAAAACUUUAACAUUGGCAAUAACUUUUUGCAAUAUUGAAGAUAGUAACUUGAUAUUUGGCAUGCAUGUGUAUCUCAUGGAGCUGCACAUUUUGAGUGGUAAAAGGUCAAGGUCAUCCUUCAAGGUCAAAGGUUUAAAAAAAAUCCAAGGGAAGUAACAAGCUUUAAAGAGAGAUAAUUUCUAUUUAUCAUUUGGCAGGUACAGAUCAUUUUCACAAGGGAAGUAAUAUUUUUUAAAGGGAUAUAAUAAAAAAAUAAUCAAACUGGCGCAGUAGGGGGCAUUGUGUUUUUGACGAACACAUAUCUUGUUUAAAUAAUUUAUGCUUGUCAUAUUUAUAAAACAUUUGACAUAGUCCUAUCAAAUUAAGAAGUGUUGGUGCUAUGUAUGUGAACACUUGAAUAAAGAAACAUAAUACUGUG